UCGUGUCGGCCAUUUUGAAUUGAAUAAGCUAUCUAUCUAUUGAAAUAUUUUGCUUCUAUUGCUUAAUUGUUAUCUGUGUUUCGAGUAAACCUGACUCGGUUUCACGUUAAAAUAUUUGCUAAGUUCAAUAAUACAUUACCAUGAGUUCCAGACAUAGAACUCGUUCGCGGUCGCGGGAUCGUGAACGUCAUAAGGAUCGUGAUCGUGAAAAAGCUCGAGACCGUGAUCGCGACAAGGAAAGAGAUCGGGACAGGGAUCGUGACCGUGACCGUGACCGCGACCGGGACCGUGAGCGUGAUCGUGAGCGGGAGCGUGACCGCGAUAGAGACAGGGAUCGUCAUCGUUCCAAAAGAGAAAAAGACAGAGACCGAAGUCGCAGUCGCGAGCGGCACAAAGAGAAGCGUCGGAGUCGUUCGCGCAGUAGGAGCAGAGGCAGAAAAUCCAAAGAUAGGGAUGGAACCAUUGCGCUUUUGGACCAAAUGGUGGGUACAACCACCAAGGCAACCGCUCGCCAGGUGACCAGCACGGGCGUGAACCCGGCCGCGCAGGCCGCCAUACUCGCUGCUGCUGCUGUUGCACAGACGUUCGUGGCGCAGCGGCGCAUCGCGGCGCCCGUGCAGCCGGCCGCGGCCGCCGCCGCCGCGCUGUCGGCCGCCACGGCCAUCCCACCGCCCACGGCCGUGCAGCAGCGCCUGGAGCUGCUGCAGGCGCGCUCCGAGGGCCGCUACCGCGAGCGAGCGCCGGCCCCGCCCGCGGGGCACCCGCCGCACCACGACGACGACCACCACCCCGACGACGACCAUGACGACGGACAGGGCCCGCCCGGCGAGACGGCGGCCGAGCGGCGCCUGCGGCGGCGGCGCACGCGCUGGCAGGGCUCGGAGCACGACAAGACCUUCAUCCCCGGCCUGCCCACCGUGCUGCCGUCCACGCUGACGCGCGACCAGGAGGAGCAGUACCUGCUGCAGCUGCAGAUCGAGGAGGUGAGCCGCAAGCUGCGCUCCGGGGACCUCGGCAUCGCGCCCAACGUGGAGGACAGGUCCCCGUCCCCGGAGCCCAUCUACUCCACGGACGGCAAGCGGCUGAACACGCGCGAGUACCGCACGCGCCGCAAGCUGGAGGAGGAGCGCCACCGCCUGGUGCAGCGCAUGCAGCAGGUCAACCCCGACUUCAAGCCGCCGCCGGACUACAAGCCGCCGGUGAUCCGCGUGCACGACAAGGUGAUGAUCCCGCAGGAGGAGCACCCCGACAUCAACUUCGUGGGGCUGCUCAUCGGGCCGCGCGGGAACACGCUUAAAGCGAUGGAGAAGGAGACGGGCGCGAAGAUAAUAAUCCGCGGCAAGGGGUCGGUGAAGGAGGGCAAGGUGGGCCGCAAGGACGGGCAGCCGCUGCCGGGCGAGGACGAGCCGCUGCACGCCUACAUCACCGCCACCAACGCCGACGCCGUCAAGAAGGCGGUGGAGAAGAUCAAGGAGGUGAUCCGUCAGGGCGUGGAGGUGCCGGAGGGGCAGAACGACCUGCGCCGCAUGCAGCUGCGGGAGCUGGCGCAGCUCAACGGCACCCUGCGCGAGACGGACGCCGCGCGCUGCAACAACUGCAGCGCCACCGACCACAAGACCUGGCUCUGCCCGGACAAGCCCAACGUGACGAACAACAUCGUGUGCUCGUCGUGCGGCGGCGCGGGCCACAUCGCCCGCGACUGCCGCGCCAAGCGGCCUGGGCAGGCCGCGCCCGGGGGACACGCCAACAAGGCCAAGAUCGACGAGGAGUACAUGUCCCUGAUGGCGGAGCUGGGCGAGGCGCCCGUGGUGGGGCCCGGGGGGUGCGCGGGGGGCGGAGCCCUGGCGCGCCGCCCCGCGGGGCUGCUGGCCUGCAACGCGCCCGCGCGGGCCAUCAUGCCGGCGCCGGGUAAGGAUACUGGGGCAUUCACAUGUACUACCAUCCUUCGUCCACGCUUCGAUUUGCAUCAAAGUAUUGUCCUGCAGUUUCCGCCACAAUAUGUAUAUUUUCUGUAUCACAAUGUUCGUAUGCGCGUCGAUGCCACACAUCAAAUCAGCUACCGACCCUGCGCAAUUUACAAUGCUAGUUACAUGCCAUUAAUUAAUUAUUUAUCAUACGAAUGCGGCCUGCCCGCCCCGCUGCCGCCCGUGGGCGCGUUCCCGCCGCCGCCGCCGCCGCCCCACGCUGCGCCCGCGCAGCCCGCGCCCUGGCGAGCGCUGCCGCCGCCCCCGCCGCACCCCGCACACCCCGCGCCGCCCGGACAGGCGGAGCACCCGCUGGGCGCGGCGCCCCCCGGAGCCCUGGCGGGCCCGCCGCCGCCGCACAUGCCGCCGCCGCCGCCCGGCAUGCUGGGCCUGCCGCCGCCGGGCUGGCGCGCGGCCUUCAACCCGCCGCCCUGGGGCGCGCCUCCGCCCUUCCUGGCGCCGCCGCCGCCGCCGCCGCCCGUGUCCACGGAGUAGCUGGCGCCCAUCCGCUCCGGUUUGUACUGAAACACUGGAUUCGUGACGUAAGGAGAUCGGUGCAGGCGGGCACUCCGUCCACGUACAUGUAGUGACCGCUGUCGAUCUUGUUGACGUAUUAUAAAAUUGAUUGUACAUCCUCGAUUCGGUGAGAGAAUUGAUGUUAAAGUAGGUAUAUUGUACCUAUUACUGAAGUUACACAGUUUACGUGAUAUGGCAAUAUCGAUGUGUUUGUGGAUAGAGUGGUCGCUGGUACAGUAAAUAUUGUAAUGUAUAUUAUUUUGAUUCAACGAUGCGGUUCAAUUUAACUUUGUACAAUAAAAUGUAUACCUAUGAAAA